AGGAGUCAAAAUAAGUUUAUAGACUGUGCUCAACUCGGCUCUAAUUUUAUUCCAUUCAACGAAAGCAGAGAGAAGAACGAACGCACUCGCUGUGUUCACUUCACACAAGAGAGAGAAACUCGCAACCAUGUCUUCCUUCGACUCCUUCGCCGAUGACUUAAACGUCAACUCUUCUUCCGCCGACCACUUUGCCGCCGCUCACAACGCUGCCGAGGAGGACGACACCUACUCUGGCUACGGCGGUUACUCCAGCUUCACCGGAGGAUUCUCCCCCGAUGGCGAUGUCACCGUAGAUCAUGACCCCGCCGCUGCCGCCUCGCCGGAGAUCUACGGGUUCAGCGAUCCCAAUCCUGGUUACUCUCACUCCCCUUUCGAAUCGGAGACUGUCGAGAACGGGAACGGUUAUGGCGGUGCCGAAAGCGUCUUCGUCUCCGACGGUCCGGUGCUUCCGCCGCCAACUGAGAUGGAGCCGGAGGAAGGUUACGCGCUUCGGGAGUGGCGCCGUCAAAAUGCUAUUCAGUUAGAGGAGAAGGAGAAAAGGGAAAAAGAAAUCAGAUUGAAGAUUAUUGAGGAAGCAGAGGAGUAUAAGGUGGCUUUUUAUGAGAAAAGGAAGCUUAAUGUUGAGACUAACAAGGUUCAAAAUAGGGAAAGGGAGAAGUUAUUCGUGGCUAAUCAAGAGAAGUUUCACAAAGAGGCAGACAAAGCUUAUUGGAAAGCAAUUGCAGAGCUCAUUCCUCGGGAGGUUCCCAACAUUGAAAAGAAAAGAGGCAAGAAGGAUCAGGACAAGAAGCCAUCAAUUACAGUUGUCCAAGGCCCUAAGCCUGGUAAACCCACCGAUCUCGCUAGGAUGCGACAGAUACUAUUAAAGCUGAAGCACACACCACCACCUCACAUGAUUCCUCCACCUCCUGCUCCUGCCAAAGAAACUAAAGAUGCCAAAGAGGGUAAGGAUGGAAAAAAAGCCACAUCGAAAGCACCUGAACCUGCUACUGAUGGAUCACAACCAAAGGAUGCCUCUUCUAACGGCUCUGCAGAUGUACCCGAGAAAGAAGCUGCUGCCCCUGAGGAGCAGCCUGCUGCAUAAUUGUGCGUAUCAUUCUUCGGUUCCAUCAUCUAAGAUCACCUUUCUCCCCACAGUCUUUAAUGAAUCUUUUUGCCCAGCAAUUAGUUUAUAAUGCUUAUUACCCGCAUUUUAUGACCAAUAUCAAGGUUUUGUAUGAAUUAAAUCAAUUAUUGACAAUUAUGCCAUGCAGAUUUAGUGGGUUUACAUAACAGAGUAUUUGCUUUUAACUUAAA